CAAUGGAAACGACACAGACAGUAAUCUUGUGCUCUUUUUAAAACUUUAAUCGCUUUCGCACACGGCAGAACAUAAAUUAUCCCCUGAAAACAAUGUGAUCCAUAGUCCACAGUUGGAAGGGUUGUACGGUUCAUCCAAGUCAAUCAUUGCAAGGUCGGAUAAUUUGAGAUAAUAUGAGGAAAACAGCAACAUAUAUUUGAUGGAUGGUGCAUUACCAGAAAGAUUACAAGAAGAGAACAACAGAGGAACAGAUAAAAUAGAGAUAAUAGCUCUAAGGUUAAAAGAUGAGAGAAGAAGGAACAGAUGAUAAAACAGAGAAAACAAAGAUUUAAAGAGAAGCAGAAAAGAUAAAAAACUCCACUGUAAAUCCCUUGAAUCCCCUCCAACUGUGAGCUUCCUCUCCACUUCACCUCAUCUACUAUCAUGCUUAUAAAUAGGAAUCUCACCGAACUCAGCGCAUUGUUGAUGUUGCAUUCGCAGAGAAGAUUUCAACCAGGUAGCUUCUCCAGUCGAACUUCAAAUUUUGCCGAAAUGGGAUUGUCGGCUAAAAGGUUGCUGAUGCAGUCUGUAGCUGUUCUGCUGGUGGCUGCCUGUGUGACAGCUAUUCCUAGACCGCAUCAUCAUGAUGGCGAUCCAGAAAGGAAACCUGGAACACCUACUCGUCUCUGUGUGCCUGACACCGCCUACAAAGGAUGUCUGAAGAUGGUGGAGCAGGGAGCUACUGUUGGCGUUCAUAUGGAGUGUGUCAUGGCUAGAGACAGAUUGGAAUGCUUAGAGAAGAUUGAGAACCACAAGGCAGACUGGGGUGCAGUCGACCCCGAGGACAUGUUCAUUGCUGCCAACCUAGGAGAUCAAUACUUGAGCAUAUUCAAGGAGAUUCGUACCAAGGAAGAACAAGAAUUGGAAUUCCGUUACGAGGCGGUGGCAGUUGUGCACAAGGACUUGGAAAUCAGCAAUUUGGAGCAGCUACGCGGUCUGAGAUCUUGUCACACCGGAGUCGGUCGCAAUGUCGGUUACAAAAUCCCCAUCACCAAGCUAUCAAAGAUGGGACUCUUGGGAGCUAUGGACGACACCAGCGUCUCCCCACGUGAGAACGAAUUGAAGGCUCUGUCGAAUUUCUUCAGCAAGGCUUGCAUUGUCGGAAAGUGGUCACCUGAUGAGGAAACCAACCAGCGUCUCAAGAGCAAGUACUCGAACCUUUGUGCCCUUUGUGAAUCCCCUGCGAAAUGCGACUACCCCGAUGUGAACUCAGGCUAUGAGGGAGCUCUGCACUGCCUGACCAAGGGAGACGGACAGAUAGCCUGGACCAAGACAUACUUUGUCAAGAAAGUUUUCGGAAUGUCGUAUGGUAACAACCCAGCCACCACAACUGAUAUGAAGGCAGAGGACUACGCCUACCUGUGUCCGGAUGGAUCCAAGAAGCCACUGACUGGACCCAGCCCCUGCACUUGGGCUGCCCGUCCCUGGCAAGGGUACAUGGCCAACACUGAAAUCACUGGAGCCAAAAGUGAACUGAUAAAGCUGAAAGAAGACAUCACCAAGCUGAACGACCUGGGAGAAUCGAACCACGCCGAUUGGAUCUCAACCGUGUUGCAUCUCAAUGAGAAAACCCUGGCAGUCAACAACAAGGGCCCUUACUCACCAAAGCAGUACUUGGAGAAAGCUAAAUACUACGACGUGAUCGAACGCGACGUGAUGAAGCCGAAACGCGAGGCCCGCAUGUGCGUGGUGGGUGACGCAGAGAAGGCCAAAUGCAUGGACUUGCAGCGCGCCGCCUUCUCACGCGACAUCAGGCCCAGCUUCGCCUGUGUCGUCAAGACAACCGUUGACGACUGCCUCAAGGCCGUUCACAACAAGGAGGCUGAUUUCUACUCUAUGGAUGCUGGCUACUUGGAGAAGGCUGAGAGCGAAUACGCUUUGGAACCAAUACUGACCGAGACCGUAAUGGCGGCUGACAGUCAAGCCACCAACUACACCCAGUACAUGGUUGCCGUCGUCAAGAAGUCAUCCAACGCCAAGUUCAUGCCCUCUGCUCAACGGGGAUGUAUCUCCAAGCCUGGACAAGCCGCUUAUGCCCUCCCAUUGGCUGUUAUUAUGGAUAAGAUGGACAUCACAGCUAAGAGCUGCCAGCGACCCAACAUUUUCUCACAGUUCUUCAAAGCUGGAGUCAUGGAAUCUGAGAACCCAAUGAAGUGUUUGGAGUCAUCACAAGGAGAUAUGGCAAUUGUAACUUACGAGGAAGCAAAGAUGGCUGACGAUGCAUUGCCAGGACAGUUUGAGAUUCUCUGUGAUGAAGAGAAGAGAAAUUCACUGGCAGACUUACCGAAUUUCCACAAAUGUAGCAUGGGAAAAAUACCAACAAGAAUGAUUGUUGCCAACAAAGACAUGAAACAGGUCGACAAAGAUGAUGCCAUGUUUGCAUUGCUGUCUGCUAGCGAAUUCUUCAAGAAGAACCCUCACAUCUUCAAAAUGUUUGGAGAAUACUCAGGAAUGAACAAUGUCCUAUUCACUAAUUCCGCAACAGGACUGGAGAACAGUAAGACAGCUAAGGAAGCCAGGGAUGCCAUUGAGAAUUAUAGAAAGGUGACUGCUGAGUCGUCUAGGUGUUCAGCUUGAACAAAAAUAAGAAGUGGAGCAGCUUCAUAAAAAUCAGCAGUGGAAUAUUCUGCAGCGAACAAGUCGCCAAGUUCAACUAAAAUUCAUAAAUACAAA